UUUUGGAAGAGCAAUAUAUUCAUUUUGGCAUUGUGCAGAGCCAAGUAAACCCGGUGGGCUUUCUCCGUCCCUCAAAAUGACAGCAGUCUCCGCCGUCAGCAGUGCGCUCCUGUUCUCCUUUCUCUGUGAAGCAAGUGCCGUCGUCUUACCCAACGCCACUGACUCAUCCCCGCCAGCCAAUAAUUUCACUGAUAUUGAAGCAGCUGUAAAAGCACAGCUAGAUUCUGCGGAUACCCCCAAAGCCAGGCGGAAGCGCUACAUUUCGCAGAAUGACAUGAUCGCCAUUCUUGAUUUUCAUAAUCAAGUUCGGGGCAAAGUGUUCCCACCGGCAGCAAACAUGGAAUAUAUGGUUUGGGACGAAAAUCUUGCAAAAUCUGCAGAGGCUUGGGCAGCUACUUGCAUCUGGGACCAUGGACCUUCUUACUUACUGAGAUUUUUGGGCCAAAAUCUGUCUGUACGAACUGGAAGAUAUCGCUCUAUUCUCCAGCUGGUCAAGCCAUGGUAUGAUGAAGUGAAAGAUUAUGCUUUUCCAUAUCCCCAGGACUGCAACCCCAGAUGUCCUAUGAGAUGUUUUGGUCCCAUGUGCACACAUUAUACACAGAUGGUUUGGGCCACUUCCAAUCGGAUAGGAUGUGCAAUUCAUACAUGCCAGAACAUGAAUGUUUGGGGAUCUGUAUGGAGACGUGCAGUAUACUUGGUAUGCAACUAUGCCCCAAAGGGCAAUUGGAUUGGAGAAGCACCAUAUAAAGUAGGGGUACCAUGUUCAUCUUGCCCUCCAAGUUAUGGGGCAUCUUGUACUGAUAAUCUGUGUUUUCCAGGAGUAACAUCAAACUACCUGUACUGGUUUAAAUAAGCUUACCUUUUCCUCCAGGAAGUAAAAUGCUUUCUGGGAAUCAUAGGCAUAUAUAUAUAUUGAAUUUUGCACAUAUUAUACAUAUUUUAUAAUAAUCUUGUUUUCCUUUUAGUAUUCAUUUGUAUAGAUUAGUGUUUGGUAUGUUUGUUUAAUUUUUUUAGAUAAUUAAAACAUCCGUUUCUAUUUUCUGACCUCUAAGCAUAAAUUAAAAUAUUGUAUAUGUAGUAAUGA